UAUUAACCUUACACAUACUCUCACUUUUCAGCUCUACUCUUUUCUCAUCAAUGGCUUCUUCAACCAAAGAAAUAUCCAAAGACCUUCCACCUCUUCUCCGUCUCUACAAAGACGGAACAGUCGAACGUUUCCUAGGCUCUCCAAUCAUACCACCAAUCCCUCUCGAUCCACAAACUGGUGUUUCAUCAAAAGACAUAACCAUCUCACAAAACCCACUAAUCUCAGUUCGUAUCCAUCUACCAAACCUCACCAACCCUACACAAAAGUUUCCAAUCUUAGUUUACUUUCACGGUGGCGCUUUUUGUCUUGAAUCUGCUUUCUCUUUCCUCCACCAACGUUACCUCAACAUUAUAGCUUCGCAAUCAAACGUUCUUGUUGUUUCAGUUGAAUAUAGACUUGCACCAGAACACUAUCUUCCUGCUGCAUACGAUGAUGGUUGGUUUUCUCUCAAAUGGGCCGCUUCACAUUCCAUCAUGAACAACAAUAACAUCGUCACAGGUGAACCAUGGUUAAUCAAACACGGUGAUUUCGAUAGAUUUUACAUCGGUGGUGACACGUCCGGUGCAAAUAUUGCACACAAUUUACUUCUUCGCGUUGGAAGCGGUGUUGAAUCUUUACCUGGUGAUGUGAAAAUCAAAGGAUCAAUACUAGCUUUUCCUUUGUUUUGGAGUUCGAAACCGGUUUUGUCGGAGAAUAUUGAUCUGCAUGAAGAGAGUUCACCUAUGAAGGUUUGGAAUUUUGUGUAUCCAGAUGCUGUUAAUGGAAUUGAUAAUCCUUUGAUUAAUCCCUUGGCUUCUGAGGCUCUUGGUUUGGACAACAUUGGUUGUACUAAGAUGUUGGUUUUUGUUGCGGGGAAUGAUGAUUUAAGAGACAGAGGGAUUUGGUACUAUGAUGCUGUUAAGGAAAGUGGUUGGAAAGGUGAUGUUGAACUUGUUCAUGUUGAGGGUGAAGAACAUUGUUUUCAGAUAUAUCAUCCUGAAACUAAGAAUUCUGUUGAUAUGGUGAAUCGUAUUGCUUCGUUUCUUGUUUGAUUUGAGGAGGGUUAUUGUGUAAUUUUGUUGUUGUUUUUGGUGAUAUAAAAUAGAGAUGGGUUGAUGAAUUCAAAGUAUUUUUUUUCAAU